GCUUUCUGUCGCGUUUGCGCCGGGACACGUGACAGGCAAAGACGGCGGCCGGGCCGGCUCACAGCCCGCGUGUAGCGUUCGCUUCUGGCUUGCCGCCCCCUUCCUUCCUUCUUUCUCUCCCUCCUUCGGAGCUGACGCCGCGGCUUCAGCCUGGGCACGCGGGGAGCGGGCAGAUAGGGAGUUUUCCGUCAUGGACUGGCAACCAGAUGAACAGGGUCUCCAGCAAGUUCUCCAGUUACUCAAAGAUUCCCAGUCUCCAAACACAGCAACCCAGCGUAUUGUGCAAGAUAAACUGAAACAGCUCAACCAGUUCCCUGAUUUCAAUAACUAUUUGAUAUUUGUUCUGACACGACUGAAAUCUGAGGAUGAACCUACCCGUUCUCUGAGUGGCUUGAUCCUGAAGAACAAUGUGAAAGCUCACUAUCAGAGUUUUCCCCAGCCUGUUGCUGAAUUUAUUAAGCAAGAGUGUCUUAAUAACAUAGGAGAUGCUUCUUCUCUUAUAAGAGCUACAAUUGGUAUUCUUAUAACAACAAUUGCUUCCAAAGGAGAACUGCAGAUGUGGCCAGAGCUUCUGCCCCAACUCUGCAAUUUACUUAAUUCUGAAGAUUACAACACAUGUGAAGGGGCAUUUGGUGCCUUACAGAAGAUCUGUGAAGAUUCUGCUGAGCUCCUGGACAGCGAUGCCCUCAAUCGGCCUCUUAAUGUCAUGAUCCCAAAGUUCCUUCAGUUCUUCAAGCAUUGCAGCCCCAAAAUUAGGUCACAUGCUAUUGCUUGUGUCAACCAGUUCAUCAUGGAGAGGGCCCAGGCUUUGAUGGAUAACAUCGAUACAUUUAUCGAGCACUUAUUUGCCUUGGCAGUAGAUGAAGAUCCUGAGGUUCGAAAGAACGUUUGCAGAGCAUUAGUAAUGCUGUUAGAAGUGCGAAUUGACCGACUGAUUCCUCACAUGCAUAGUAUCAUCCAAUAUAUGCUUGAGAGGACUCAGGACAGUGAUGAAAAUGUGGCAUUGGAAGCCUGUGAAUUCUGGCUGACGUUGGCUGAGCAACCCAUCUGCAAAGAGGUGCUAUCUUCACCUCUAGUACAAUUGAUUCCUAUUUUGGUGAAGGGCAUGAAAUAUUCAGAAAUCGACAUCAUAUUGUUGAAGGGUGAUGUGGAGGAGGAUGAAGCCAUCCCAGAUAGUGAACAAGAUAUUAAACCUCGCUUUCAUAAAUCACGCACAGUUACUCUGCAGCACGAAGAGGAGCGGUUGCAGGAUGAGGAAGAUGGGGAGGAUGAGGACGAUGACGAUGACACACUGUCUGACUGGAAUCUAAGGAAGUGUUCGGCUGCUGCUCUUGAUGUGUUGGCCAAUGUCUUUCGAGAUGAGCUCCUCCCGCAUCUGCUCCCACUACUCAAGGGGCUGCUUUUCCAUCCUGAGUGGGUCAUCAAGGAGUCUGGAAUCCUUGUCCUAGGGGCAAUUGCUGAAGGCUGCAUGCAGGGCAUGGUUCCUUAUCUCCCUGAGCUGAUUCCCCACUUGAUCCAAUGUCUGUCUGACAAAAAGGCCCUGGUGCGUUCCAUUGCUUGCUGGACCCUGAGCCGCUAUGCACAUUGGGUUGUAAGCCAACCCCCAGACAUGUAUCUCAAGCCUCUGAUGACAGAGUUGCUCAAAAGGAUUCUUGACAGUAAUAAAAGAGUGCAGGAGGCUGCUUGCAGUGCUUUUGCCACCCUUGAGGAGGAAGCUUGCACAGAAUUGGUCCCAUAUCUCAGUUUCAUUCUGGAUACUUUGGUUUUUGCUUUUGGAAAAUACCAGCAUAAGAAUUUGCUGAUCCUGUAUGAUGCAAUUGGCACUCUGGCUGAUUCUGUUGGACACCACCUCAACCAGCCGGAAUAUAUCCAAAAGUUAAUGCCUCCACUGAUUCAGAAAUGGAAUGAGCUGAAGGAUGAGGAUAAGGAUCUUUUCCCCCUCCUAGAAUGUUUGUCAUCUGUAGCAACUGCUCUACAAAGUGGCUUCCUACCGUACUGUGAACCGGUCUACCAGCGCUGUGUAACACUUGUGCAGAAAACCUUGGCUCAAGCAAUGAUGUACAGUCAACAUCCUGAUCAGUAUGAAGCACCUGAUAAAGACUUCAUGAUAGUUGCUCUUGAUCUGCUCAGUGGUUUAGCUGAAGGUCUUGGAUGUCAUGUUGAGCAGCUUGUGGCCCGCAGCAAUAUAAUGACUCUACUGUUCCAGUGCAUGCAAGAUACUAUGCCAGAGGUUCGGCAAAGCUCCUUUGCACUCCUGGGAGAUCUUACCAAAGCCUGUUUUAUGCACGUCAAGCCAUGCAUAGCUGAAUUCAUGCCUAUCUUAGGGACCAACCUGAAUCCAGAAUUCAUUUCUGUGUGCAACAAUGCUACUUGGGCAAUUGGAGAAAUAUGCAUGCAAAUGGGGGCUGAAAUGCAACCAUAUGUUCAGAUGGUGCUGAAUAAUCUCGUGGAGAUCAUCAACAGACCAAAUACUCCUAAAACUCUUCUGGAAAACACAGCCAUCACAAUUGGCCGCUUGGGCUACGUCUGUCCUCAGGAAGUGGCACCAAUGUUGCAGCAGUUUAUCAGACCUUGGUGUACAUCUUUGAGGAACAUUCGUGAUAAUGAAGAGAAGGACUCUGCUUUCCGUGGCAUCUGUAUGAUGAUUGGAGUAAACCCUGGUGGAGUUGUACAAGAUUUUAUUUUCUUCUGUGAUGCUGUUGCUUCAUGGGUGAGUCCAAAGGAUGACCUGAGAGAUAUGUUUUAUAAGAUUCUCCAUGGUUUCAAAGAUCAAGUUGGGGAAGAUAACUGGCAGCAGUUCUCAGAGCAGUUUCCUCCACUUCUGAAAGAGAGGCUUGCUGCAUUCUAUGGUGUUUAGGCGAAGCAGCAAAACCAUACUUGGUUCCUGUGUGCGCUGGGAGGGAUACUGGGAACUCGUCCAUAACCCAGUGUUGCAGAUCCCUGUUAAUGGGGGGUUAGGGAGGACGGGAAGAGCAUUGUGGGACAUAAAAUGACCGCUCCCCAUCUCCUGAAAUUUACAAAGUUGGGGGGGGAGGGUGGGCCUCCAUAACCAAUUGAAACAAAAACCAGGGUAUCUCAGUGGCAGAAGGAAAGGUCUCUUUUAUUCAGAGGCCAUCAUAGAUGGAAUGGGGUGGGGUGGGACUCGGCCCUGCGCUGAGAAAAGGGAGCAAACUUAAACUGCAACACUCUUGAGAAGGGGAUCUAACUAGGGGCCAUCAUAAAGAACUAGCUAAUAAUAAUAAAGGAUAGGUUUAAGAUGUUAAAAAGGAUUAAAAGCUACAGUGGUUUAAAGCCAGCUGAUGAAAAGGGAAGGGUUAAAAUGUAAUCCAAGGGGGUUAUACUACUGUAUAUUUCCAGUCACUGGGAUUCAAGAGAUCAGCUAUUCUUCACCUUUUCAAGACUGCAUGGUGACCAAGAAGUAGAUUAGCAAAUCUGUGAGUAGUCCAUAAUGACUAAGUGUAAGCAUUUUCAUCUAGGAAUCUUAAAGAAACCCACAGAAUCUUUUUGCCAUAAUAAUUGCCAUGGCACUGUGUGCUAGAAGUGAUGCUCAGUGCAAAGCAGCCUAUGACCUUGCAGGGACCUGCUAGCCAUCUAGGGAGCAGUCUUUUUCAUAAGAAAUACCGUUGGAGAAGCAUGUCUUCAUUUUUUAAAGAUGCCACAGUGCGAUGAGUCUUUUACCCUGUUGUUCAGCUGUUACUUUGUGACACUGCUAUUAUAUUGCUUCAGUUGCAGGAGGCAGGAAGGAGCAAGGUGGGAAACUUAAUUUCACCUGGGAAUGACUACACAGGCCAAACAUGGGCAGAAAACAAUGCUUUUUUUUUUUUUUUUUUAAAUGGCUCGUGGCAUACAACGUCCUGCACUCUUCUGAUCAGAGUGGUAUUUUACAUGAUGGUAAUUUACAUUUUCUGUCUUAAGGACUUCUUUACCACAUUCGCCAUUCUGGCCUACAAAAGAAAUAGUAAACAUAACAAAGUACAGAAGAAUGAUUAAACAGGGAAUCCUCCAGGAAUGAUCAGUGAAAGCUUGUAGCUUUUGCUGCGUACUUAAUGGAAUUGCUGUCUUAAGAAAUUCUAUUAGAUCCAAUUGCAUCAUUCUCUGAAAAUGGGGGAUUACUGAAUGCUUUUAACAUAGUUAAAAAGCCAUAGAUUUUUAAUAGGAAAUGAAAAUGUUGAAGUAGAAGCCCAUUUUCCCAAAGGCAGCUAGGAUGUGAGGGAAAGGGAAUACUGCUUCACCUUUGGAAAAAUGAGGAAUGCUUGAGGAGAGGUAAUACUCAAAAGGAACAUUCUGCAGAAUAAACAAGAACAAGAUCUGUGCAAAGCAGCGUUUGUCUACAGACAGCUUGGUGACAAGGAACAAGUGAGCUGUUCUUAGCAGAUCCCAAUGGAACUUCGGCAACAUCAGGAUUAAUAGCCAGACAACUAGGUUGAACUGUGCCUUGUGUCCUGCAUUGCUUCUGAGGGUGGUAAACAAAAGUGGUGAGACUACUUAGAUGUUAAAGAUUUAUGUGACAAAAAGGACAUCUCUUUUGGGGGUUAAAGUUGUACUUUCUGACAGUAACUGAUGGUGAUACUUUCAGUACUGUGUAUGAAUUUUUAAAAGUGUAUUUGUGAGAUUGCCCAGUAACUUAAGCUUCACUGAUACACCUAUCUACAUUUUUCUUUAUAUUUCUGGCCUCCAUUUCAUAUGUUAAUAAUGCUUGCAGUUCUUGGAAUUUGACAUAGAACUUGCUGGGGCAUUACCAUACAGGCCUUUGUGCCAGAAAAUCAUUUCAUUUUGGAGAUGGCACAUGCCUAGGUGAAAGCUGCUAUUCUCAUUUUUGGAUCUGAUUGCUAGGAGGUGGGGCACGCCCUUCCAUCUCUGCAUCGCCUCAAAAGGUCAAAGAAACAAUAGUAAAGUUGCAGAUAGCAAACUUCCUGAAUUCAUCUUUUUAAUAGUAUCAAACUUGAGCAGGUCUCUGAAAGCAAUCGGCUAGUUCUUUGCAUUUUAAUUGUUUUAUUACAAGUGUUCCUCCUUGUGCUGUAGUCUCCUUGUCCUGGGGGGAGGGGGAGCAGAGAUUCUAUUUGGGUAGCAAUUGGUUUUUAAAUGCAUGGGAAAGAAAUAUGCAUAUGUGGAGGUGGAAGCCUGGCUUAUACUUUGAAACCAAGUGCCCAGGAAUAUGAAAAGGCGGCUGUGAACUGUUCCAUCCAGUGAAGUUUAAGCUACUUGGCCUGACUGCCUCUUGAAAUGGAAUUUGUCUUUUGUACAAGUGCUUCUAGUAUUGCCUCCUGUUUGUUAAUCCUGGAUUUGUAUAUUUGUAAAUGUGCCGUAAUGUUUCCAAUGGUGGAACUGCAGUGUACCUAGUGUUGAAGCAGCUGCUUGCACCUUGCUCAAAUGAGAUUUUUCUCAUUUUUAUGUAUAAUUUUUUGUCAACUAAAAAAUUCCUGUGACUCCA